GAGGUCACGGCCGAUGAUUCUCUGUAAGUACUCUACUACACAUUCUUUUGCCUUUUUGGGCUUUUCUUUCGUUCUUUUUUUUACCCUCUUUUUUUUUUUUCUUCCGCUCUUGUACAUCUUGUAUAAGAAAUUUCCUUUUCCCUCAUGUUUACUCAUUCGUUUGUUUGCUUGGUUUUGAUUUCCCUGCUUGGGUCUUCUGUUUUGAGUUCAUAAAUCGGGUUACUUUGCGUGAUUGCCAUACAUGUACACCAUGCUAAUUUUACUAGUCGGCCGGUCGAUGCUACCAUCU